AUGCGCUGUGGGAAUGGUGAUGACACAGGGAUAGUUUACGAGAUGCCUACAUCGGCGAAGGAUCUAAAUAGGUGUCGCAAGAUGAAAGAUCCAUCUGAAUUAUCGCUACAAAUGCAAUUGAAUCAAGGCGGCAUACGUUUUCUUGAGGAAGAACGGUCCGUGCGUUUCAAUGAUAUUCCUCUAGAAACUAAGCUAUACAACAGAAGAUUUGUUGUUUUAGCUGUGUUUAGCCUCUGUUCCCUUGUUAACGCGUUUCAGUGGAUCCAGUAUAGUAUUAUAAGUAACAUUUUCAGUUUUUAUUAUAAUGUAACCAGUGACAAAAUCGAUUGGCUAUCAAUUGUGUAUAUGCUGGUUUACGUGCCUCUGAUUUUCCCUGCUACAUGGAUCAUGGAUAGAAAGGGAAUGAGGAUUGCUGCUCUAACGGGCGCAGGUCUGAACUGUCUCGGGGCGUGGUUGAAAUGCUGUAGUAUUAGACCAGAUUUGUUUGCUGUCACAAUGUUAGGGCAGGUAGUGUGUUCCAUAGCUCAGGUAUUUAUUCUAGGAUUGCCAUCAAAGAUUGCGUCAUUGUGGUUCGGGCCAAAGGAAGUCUCAACUGCCUGUGCUACUGCUGUGCUUGGAAACCAGCUUGGUACAGCUAUUGGCUUCCUUUUGCCUCCUGUUCUCGUACCCAACGCAGUAGAGGACAAGGACUUGAUGGGAUACAACAUCAGCUUGAUGUUUUAUGGGACUGCUGCAGUCUCCACAGUUUUGUUUUUAACAGCUAUUGUUGUGAUAAAGGACAGACCUUUCUUGCCUCCAAGUCGUGCGCAAGCUGUUCUGCUGAAAAGCUUGCCAACCAACUACACCUACAAGACAUCUAUUAUUAAUAUUUUGAAGAACAAGUCUUUCAUUCUACUGACUAUCAGCUAUGGGAUUAUGACAGGAUCAUUUUACUCAGUUUCCACACUGCUCAAUCAGAUCAUCAUAUUCUAUUACAAGAAUGAAGAGAAGAAUGCUGGUAGGAUUGGCCUAACCCUGGUUUUGGCUGGGAUGGUGGGCUCUGUCAUUUGUGGGGUCUGGCUGGAUUACACUAAAACAUAUAAAAUGACCACAUUGAUUGUCUACAUCCUGUCUUUCAUUGGAAUGCUGAUGUUCACAUUUACAUUGGACAUGGGAUAUCUAUGGGUGUUGUUUUUCACUGCAGGAGUUCUAGGAUUUUUCAUGACAGGAUAUUUGCCUAUUGGAUUUGAGUUUGGGGUUGAGAUUACAUACCCAGAGUCAGAGGCAACAUCAUCUGGUCUUCUAAAUGCAUGUGCCCAGAUAUUUGGAAUCACUUUUACCCUUAUUCAGGGAAAGCUCAGCACAGACCACAAUCCUUUAAUUGGAAAUAUCUUCCUGUGUGUAUGGAUUUUUGUUGGCAUCAUUCUAACAGCCUUAAUAAAAUCUGAACUGAGAAGACACAAUGUGAACAUGUGUUGUGGGCACCAGACUCAUCAGGCAGUCUCCAGUGAAUGUCCAUCUGACAAGACGUCCAGCAGCAUCAAACUGAUUUUCCCUCCAGCAUAUCAACACGAGACAUCACUAUAAUUUGUUUGAAUAUAUGUGUUCUUUUAACACUCUCAUCUCAUCCAUAGACUUCUGUGCUCUCCAAUCAUUAAUCAAUUAUUUAUUUUAUUUGGGGGGGGCAUCUGUAUUCCUGUUCAAAAUAAGCAUUACAUAUUUCAUCUAUGUGUAUUUCGUGGAAUAGAUGCACUCAUUUGUUACAAAGGCAAUAUUCCCCUUGGAAAUGAGACACCACUAGCCUACCAGGGGAGAGCCUGGUCGAGACAAAUGAAACAGGCAUGGGGAUGAAAGAAACACAGUUUAAGCCAUGUAAACUUCCCACAAUUUCAAUAUUUUCAAACAUAUUCUGAAUGGUGGCUUAUUUUUACAGUGCAUGCAAAGCAAUGUACUGUAUUGUAAUCCGGUAGCUUCUACUUCUUAUCAUGCAAAGCAAUGCAAUGUAUUCGGUGGCUUCUUUUACUUUUUACAGUACAUGCAAAUACACUGCACUGUUCACUGGGUUGCUUAUAGGCCUUUAUUGUUACAGUUCAUGCAAAUACUGUUAUUUGUAGGCUUCUUAUCGUCUUUUAUUACAGCGCAUGAAGAAGCAAAUGCACUGUACUGUUAUCAGGCUUCUUGUUAUUACAGUGUAUGAAAAUGCAUUACAAUGUUAUCAGUUAUUAUUAUUCCACUUCUAACCACUUUUUCUGCAUUUAAUUAAGCCUGAACCAUUUAACUAUAAACUUCAUUCAAACUUUGUUGCAUCUGACUGGUGAGCUAUUUGCAUUUUUACAAACUUUAUACUUUUUGAGAUAUUAACAAAAAACAAGUUUUUUUUUUUUAUUCCCAUAUACUUUGCAUUAGCCAUUAUGUCAUCAUAAUAGGCCAAUUAAACAGGUUGCACCUGUACCAACUGCUCUAGGCCCCCUUUCUCUCCAUUUGACUGGGAAUAUUGAUACAAGGCACUUUCCAUCUACUUUUCUCUCCAUUCACCUACUUCAAACCAUUUAUCCAUGCAAUAAACUGUCUGUCUAUCAACAUCAAUUAAACGGUUUGUCUAGCAGCAUCCAUUUAGCUAUAUGUAUAUCAACAUCAAUUAAACUAUCUGUCUAUCACCAUUCAUUAAA